CGAGAGGCCGGGCCGGGCGCAGAGAGCACCGCGGCCCCGCGCUGGGAGGAAGCCAAGACUUUCUACGACAACCUCGCGCCCAAGAAGAAACCCAAAUCGGCUCGCUGACAUCAACGUUUCCGCCACCCGCGUGGUCGUCUCAGUCCUCCGGUACUCACACAGAGCAGAAAUCUCCUGUCCCCAUUGGACAAGUUCAUGAUGCCCUGGUUGGUCCCUGGGCCUUGCUCACUCCAGCUUCCCAGAUCUCAGAGCCUGGGAUAGGGACGGAGGAUAGAAGCUGGCUCUGAGCAUCCUCCAUUGACCUUAAAGCAUCCUGCUGCUUCUGUCAAAGACCCUUCCCAUGAGGCCCACCUUGUCAACAGUCAUUCCCUGCAACAUCUGCAGGCCUGCUUAGCACUGGGGAUUGAGAGAUGAAUUAGGCUGAGUCCCUGCCUCAGGAGCUCACAGAGACCCUGGACGUGCCCAAGCCUCAGAAUGCGGUCACCAUUGCCGUGUCCUCCCGAGCCUUGUUCCGCAUGGACGAGGAGCAGCGGAUCUACACGGAGCAGGGCGUGGAGGAGUAUGUGCGCUACCAGCUGGAACAUGAGAACGAGCCCUUCAGCCCCGGGCCGGCCUUCCCCUUCGUGAAGGCUCUGGAGGCUGUGAACAAGCGGCUGCGGGAGCUGUACCCCGAGAGUGAGGAUGUCUUUGACAUCGUCCUUGUGACCAACAACCACGCUCAAGUGGGGGUCCGUCUCAUCAACAGCAUCAACCACUACGAUCUGUUCAUUGAGAGGUUCUGCAUGACAGGCGGGAACAGCCCCAUCUGCUACCUCAAGGCCUACCACACCAACCUCUACUUGUCGGCUGAUGCAGAAAAAGUGCAGGAAGCCAUUGAUGAAGGGAUUGCAGCCGCCACCAUCUUCAGCCCCAGCAGGGACGUGGCUGUAUCCCAGAGUCAGCUGCGCGUGGCCUUCGACGGAGAUGCUGUGCUCUUCUCGGAUGAGUCGGAGCGCAUCGUGAAGGCCCAUGGGCUGGACAGGUUCUUUGAGCAUGAGAAAGCCCACGAGAACAAACCUUUGGCCCAGGGCCCCUUAAAGGGUUUUCUGGAAGCACUGGGUAGGCUGCAGAAGAAGUUCUACUCCAAAGGCCUGCGGCUGGAGUGUCCCAUCCGCACCUACUUGGUGACGGCUCGCAGUGCAGCCAGUUCUGGGGCCCGGGCUCUCAAGACCCUGCGCAGCUGGGGCCUGGAGACUGAUGAGGCCCUGUUCCUGGCGGGAGCACCCAAGGGCCCCCUCCUGGAGAAGAUCCGCCCACACAUCUUCUUUGAUGACCAGAUGUUCCAUGUGGCUGGGGCUCAGGAGAUGGGCACAGUGGCCGCCCAUGUGCCUUACGGCGUGGCACAGACACCCCGGCGGACUGCACCUCCAAAGCAAGCCCCAUCUGCCCAGUAACUGGGCCACCAGCUUCACUGGCCCACGUUGCUCCCUGUCUUCCAUGUCACCACCCUGCCCUCCUGCAUGUCUGCCCUCAUCCCUGGGAUUGAGGUACUUGUAGGAAAGUAUGCAGACAGGGCCAGCAUUCUCACCGGCCCUCCUUUUGGGCAAACACUGUGCCAUGCUCCUGGCGAGGGAAAUAGACAGCAGAGUGGCUGGGUUGCAGGGGGAAGCUGAUGGGGCUGAUGAGACUGAGAGUGGGAGGGGCAGAGCAGCCAAGAUGCUUCAAAACAGGCUUGGGCUCAAACUAGCUCAGUGUGAUGCAAGAACACUGCUUUGAGAGAUAAGGGAUCUAGCUUCUAAGCUCCGUCCUGGCAUUGACUGCAUGACUUCCCUUCAUGGGCCUCAGUUUCUCCAUCUUUUAGGUAGGUUUUCAACUCUUCUUUAGCUAAAGAAGCUUGGUUUUAUAAGGUCACACUCUUUGAAGGAAGCAUUCUGUGCCAGGGCUGCUACUGGGAGAUGUGACACCUUUUACACAAAUUCCAGAAGUAUGCUGUCUCUAGAAUGAAUCAUGAAAAGACAGGCCUUUGUCUGGGCUGACCCAGACCACGCUGGGGUACACAGCUUGCUUAGCAGGAUGUAGGCAGGAUUUCAGCCCCCACUGGCUCCUCAGCCCAGAGGCCUUUGUCAAAUGGGCAAGAUGCACAAUCAUCCACAGCAGCCGUACCUAUAAUUUUACGCAUUUGGAGACCCCUGGACAAGAUGACCUAUCCGCUUCCUGCGAUCCCCUAAUCUGAGUCAUCAAGAUCAGAUUUCUGGUGCAGGGUUAGUGAACGGAGCGAAGGAGUGACUUUAACCUGCCCGCAAACUCUCUUCCGGCCAGCAGGGGGCACUGCAGGCUCUCCCUGGGAAGGAGCUGUAGUGGGCCUGCGCAGCACUUCCUGUAAUUUUGCUUUUUAGCCAAAGUUCAGUUGUUCCUGCCUGCCAAACCCCUCACCUCAACCCUCACUCCCUCAAUUAUUGCAUCCUGCUGGGCUGCCAGGCAGCCCCUGCUAGAGGGGGAGAGGUGGAGAAUUGGUGUUUACUGUCGUGAGCUCAAAUGCAGGGAAGACAGUUCAGUGGCUGAGGUGGGAUAUGGCCCAGGCUGAGCCGGAGGGAAGGCCUGCAUGGAGUGAUGCAGGACGUGUGCGGAGGUCUGGUCUGGGGCAGUGACCAGAUAGAGAGGAAGGAGCUGAAAGGUGCACUAGCAAGAUUCUCCAGCUACAGGACUGUGAGCGGAGGUAAUGAGCUCUCCGUCACUAGGAGGCUGUGCAGGGGACUCCAGGAUGAGGUGACCUCCCCCUGCGGUGCACUAAUGAACUAACUCUCCGUCCUUGCAGGAGCCCCUGCAGCCUCUUUGUCACCACUUCCAAGGGAGCAUUCUCACUGCUUGGUGAGUCAGCCUCCUCCUUUGCUGACCAGCCUGGCUCUCUCCGGAGGAGGGUGGGAGCUCCAAUGGCUGGUCCCUCAGGAAGACCCAGAGGGGUGAGCAGACGCAGUGAUGGGGACUGAUCGCCCUGCUCCCUGAGGCGGGGUGUGUGUGUGUGUGUGUGUGGAAUCCUACCUGUAAGCAAGCACUUUAUGAAGAAAGCCAAAGGUAUUGUCAAUGAAAAAUUAAUCAGUCGGUCUAAGAAAGAAAUGGAAAAAUCUUAUUUGAGCCAAAUUUGAAGAUGAUAACCUGGGAAGCAUCUCAGAAAGCUCUGAGAACUGUCCUGCCGGUUAGAAAUCAAGGCACAGUUUUAAAAGUUUUUUGAGAGACAGGGCUGUACAUCCAAUGAUGUAUUAUUGACAGUUUACAUAAUCCAGCUCUAAGCAUCAUCCUGGCGUGUCAUGUGACCCCUUACAAGAUCAAGAAGGAAUGUUAUCUUUUAAGGAGUUGUCCUGUUCAUGCUGGGACAAUGUUGCUCUUUAUGGCUGAGCAGGCAUUCCUGCUGGUGGGGAGGUUUGGUCAAAAAUGCAUAAUGCAGACACGUAAGGCACAGUGUUGGGGAAGAGGAGGCCAAAAGGCAGAGAAAACAUUUUUAUGUUUAAAUUUUUCUUGUCUCAUCAUAAAAUAUGAAAUUUACUUUGCAGUAUCAUCAGAGGGGGCAGGAGCCUGGAGGUGUGUGCAGGAGAGCUGGAACGCUUGUUGGGUCAGGAAAGGGGGUGACAGGCCACCUGGGGUCUGACCUUUGUCCUUGUGAGGACUCAGCCCAAGGUUUGAUUGGGCAAAGGUUCUGGGCAGUGUAAUGCCGGGUAAUAGUGUCAGAAAGAUAAUCCAGAAGGAAAAACAAAGUGAGAAGACUGAGAUGGUUCUGGAAAUGAACAACAGUUUGGGUCAGAAGAGUCUGGGCUGGGCUUUCCCUGUCAGUGCUGGAGCCGCCAAGGGGCAGGUCCAGAGGAGGAAAGCAAGACUGCGUGGGUGGCUGGGCAGAGGCGGCACUGCUGUUAUCAGGGGAGGGCAUGUGAUGAGGACAUCUUUGCACAAGGUCAUUCCCAUCCACAGCCAGGAGCCUUCUGGCAAGAAAGGAGGCCUCAGGGCAGAACCAAAGCUCCCAGCCCAGCCAGAUAUACUGAAUUUCCUAAGAAAAUCCUGGAGGAAACAAAGAGGAAGUGAGAGAGGGAACUUAAUCCCAGUCACCCUUGAUUUUGGCUGAGCCACACAAAGGCCUUCUGCCUCCCCUCCCCCUGGGGUCAGAAUCACCCCUGGGCUGAGCCUCCAGGGCUCACAGAGCCAGCUGGUAGCCAUAAGAUGCCUGCAAGACUAGGCACAGCCAAGGCUCACUGCAUGGCAUCAGGCUGCAUGACUGGCAUGGACAGGAGCCCUGGUAGGGCAGCACCAGAUGUCACCUCGUUAAGAUGAACCCCAGGGAUUCUGAGACCAAGAGGUCCUGCCCCCAGGGCCUGGCGAUAAACACUGCUGAUUCUUCCGGGUCUCUCAGGAAGCAGGAAAAUAUGAUGUGAGAAGCAGCAAGAUACAAGUCGUGGAUUUCACUGGAACAUCAUUAAUAGACCUGGACAGCCCUGGGCAAGGAGAGACUCUAUGGUCCAAAUUCUAUUAUUGAAACCAUAAAAGAGCAUUUCAGGCCUGGAAGACAGCUCUCAGUGGCUGGAAUAAAAGUCCAGAAGUCCUGGGGGCAGGCUUAGGCAACUGCCAGACACACCUUCGGAUUGUUUGAAGUGGUCAGGAGACAUCCUGGGGACAAGAGUGUUGUUUAUAGUAUCACCAGGCAAAUUAUAAAGCCAAGUGAGCACUUAAGCCACAGACCCAACCGUGGCCUGCAGCGCCAGGGCAGAGGCCCGGCUCCUGACACGCUGAACCAGAAGCAUCGCAGCACAACGAGCCCUGCAGAACAAACACGUCCCAGGAGAUGCUUGCCAACAAAGUCCCAGGCCCAAUGGAAACUGCCACUUAGGAAAACAGAAGCCCGGUUACUAGGCGCUGGGACUGCUAAGGUCCCUACGAAACAGCCCCCCCCUUCCUGAGAUCCCAAUCAGAAUGAGGGGGAUGCAGCGGAAAACACCAGAAGUCAAAGCCAACAAGAAGUUUAAAUCCAAGAUGAAUCCAGCGUUCAUGAUAUUCAACUGGCGUGCACCAGUCCAGCCGAACUGGUGAUUAAAAUACUGAAAUGCUGCCAUAUGGUUGUCAACAGCGCUGGCCUGAGCCCCUGAGAUCCCCUCUCCCCACCCCUGCCACGGUCUCAGCUGCCCCCUGGUCGCUCCAUCUUCCCACGAUCCAGCAAAAAGGGCCUCUGGGAGGUUGUGCCAGCAUGAUGGUCAGUGUCCACUCACUUUGGUCUAAAGGUGAAGUUAGUUGUCCAAAUUCAUACAACUAGUAAGUGGCAGCGGGAAGACUCAAGCUCAUGUCUGUCUGACUCUGGGACUCAGGCUCGUAACUGUUUUGCCGUAUGACCCAUACACGUGCGUAGAAAACAGCAAGAGAAGCUUCAGAGCAAAGGCAUUCACCUGACAGUCUGUUAACAUGUUGACCCCCUGCAUGUUAAAAUGCUGUGAUAGACUUGAGUGGGUACAUCUUUACUAUAGCUUCCUAAAUUGCUAAGAGGAAUUUAAAUUAGGGCCAAACAUUUGCAUAGCCGAAGCACCUCUUGACAACCUCAAGUUCUGUGGAACCCAGUUUGUAUUGGGCUAACACUGGAUUUGGCAAACUACGGUUCCUUAAGCCCAGUCUAGUCCACCACCUGCUCUGUAAAGUAACUUAUUGGAAUACAGCCAUACCCAUUUGCUUACGUAUGUCUUUGGCUUUUGAUCUACAGCAACAGAGUUGAAUUGUUUCAACAGAGGCCAAGGAGCUGAAAAUAUUUCUCUGGCUCUUUGCGGAAAGAGUUUGCCAACCCCUGGGUUAAGGCAUACAUCCCUGGCCCGCUCCUCAGUGGAACAGACCAGCCUAUGUUCAUCCACGCAUUUGGAGGUAGAGGCUGGCUGGGGUGCAGAGCAGGCAGCAGGAGGGUGCUUCGUGCCCACUGGCAGGCAUCUUCAGGGGUUGCAGGCACUAACUGAGAACCUUGAUGCUAAACACAGCAGACCCUUGGCAUCUGAGGACUGAAGAUUUCAAGUUUUGACUAUCUUUGAGUGACUCAUGGCCGGUUGUAAUAUGAAAUGUUGAUGCACACGUUUGACUGGGGUGUGCUCUCCCAAGCUUCUGGGUGAGGGGCCAGGAGCAGGACCCCUGGCUAGGGCUGAGCCCAGCUGGCUGUCCAGCAUCUGCUCAGCAUGGCUCUGUUUUUGUCAGCUCGUCGUUGCCCUCAUGGGGCCUCUUGGAAACUGAUAAGUGCCCUUAGAUGGACGGACCUUAGCUGAAUAUUAGUUUUGGAUGAACUGAAGUGACUUAAGUACUCAGAUCUAACAAGUCAUCCAUAUACUCUGUGGAAGCAAGAACAUACUCUUCACGAAGGUGGUCCCAGCGAGGAUUUUAGCUGGCCCAGAAGUUAUUGAUCAAGUCAGAGGUGAAACUCUGGUGCAAGUUGGAAUGGCAGUUUUCUUGUGGUAUGAAGGUGUGAGCAACAAACACACAUACCCUCAUGAUGGAAUUGUGGGUCAGGAGAAAUCUGCAGGUUUAGGGACUGGCAACUGUGGCAGUAGUCCUACCUACAGCAUGAUUGCUGGCACUGUCCCACUGUGACACUCUUCUAGGCUAAGCCUAGAUUUGGCUUCAGAAUUCUUCUCAACCCAGCAUUUCAGGCAGCCACUGCUGGUGGCUUGGAGUUGGCAUGAAAGAUGGAACACCUAUUUUGCCAUCCCUAUUGGAGUUGGAUAUUGCUUUCCAAGGGGCAUGCAAGGCUCUGAAUGUUCAUUCUCUGAUGCUCUGAUGCAACUCUGAGGAUGCCAGGGUCUCACCCCACUCAAGCAGAACACAAAGAGGAGAGAGAAUGGCAUUCUAUGCUGGCAGCUUCCUUAGAAGGGGUGCCUGAGAAGCAGUGUCCAAGGUUUCACCUGGUCUUCAAAGUACAAAUACCCUUUCCACCACUAGGUGGCACUGCAGGCCAACACUCAGUUGCUGGUGAUAGUUCAUGGUUUUAUUCACUGGUUACUUUUCUCUCCUUCCACGUUCCUUGGUGCUGUCCUGGACUCUUGCAGGUAGCUUAGCCAAAAGGGACUUCAGGUGCUCCAAAAAUGUUUGCUCAGCAGACCUGGGUGACGAGCUGAUUGCUGUUACCAACAACCACUGUGACUGCAUGUAUGGACACACACGUAUGAGUGUGCAACAGAAUAAAAACUGCAUGUAUG